AUGUCAUCUGUUGAGGAGCUAAGCCAGCUGUUCGCAGAUGUGGGGUUUGAGGAAGCGAAGGUGAAGGAGAUAGUCAAGAACAAGAAGGUUGCACACUCGCUGGAAGAACUGGUUCGCGAAGCAGGGGCGAGGGCCGAAUGGGACAAGGGUAAGCGUGCGCUACUGCACACGCUUGCAAGCUCCUUGAAGGGGGCCACGGUCACCGGGCAGAACCUGGUUGCCGAGGGCAUCCGCAGCGGUGAACUGAAGACAUCGUUGCAGGUGGAUGCGGCCCUGAAGUAUGUCAAGCGGGCGGGCGAGGGAGCCACAGUGGCCGAGAUGCACGCUGAGAGCGGCGUAGGCGUCCAGGUGACGGAAGACCAGGUGCAGGCGCGCGUGGUGCAGUAUCUCGAAGAGAACCGCGCGAAGAUCGAAAGCGAGCGUUACAAGUUGGUUCCAGGCAUCUUUGCGCAGAUCAAGGCGUUGCCCGAGCUGAAGUGGGCGGACCCGCGGCUGUUCAAGCCUAUUAUUGAUCGCGAGGUAUUGAAAAUCCUUGGGCCCAAGGAUGAGCGCGAUGUUGUUAAGAAGGAAAAGAAGAAAGAGCCUAAAACGAACGACAAAAAGAAGGCCGCGGUGGAGGAGGCUCCUAAGCGCACGAUGUUCUCCGAAGGUUUUCUAGGCGACCUGCACAAAGUUGGAGAGAACCCACAGGCCUACCCAGAGCUCAUGGUAGAACACUUGAAAGCCACUGGCGGCAAGGUGCACACGCGUUUCCCACCUGAGCCAAACGGAUACCUACACAUCGGUCACUCGAAGGCCAUCAUGGUGAACUUUGGCUAUGCGAAGCAUCACGGCGGUGUCUGCUACUUGCGUUUUGACGAUACCAACCCAGAGGCAGAAGCACCAGAAUAUUUUGAAAGUAUUGAGAGAAUGGUGGCAUGGUUGGGGUUCAGUCCAUGGAAGAUCACAUACUCGAGCGACUACUUUGACCAGCUAUAUGAACUUGCCGAAGUUCUGAUCAAGAAUGGUAAGGGAUACAUCUGUCACUGUACUGCGGAAGAGAUAAGACGUGGACGGGGUAUCAAGGAGGACGGUACACCAGGUGGCGAGAGACUGCCAUGUGCCCACCGUGAACGGCCCAUUGAGGAGAACCUUGCUGAGUUCAGGAACAUGCGCGAUGGCAAAUAUGCUCCCGGAGAGGCUAUUCUCCGUAUGAAGCAGGAUCUGUCUUCUCCUUCUCCGCAGAUGUGGGAUUUAGUUGCCUACAGAGUCUUGAACGCUCCACACCCAAGAACGGGUUCCAAAUGGCGCAUCUAUCCUACCUAUGACUUCACACACUGUCUUGUUGAUUCUCUGGAGAACAUUACCCAUUCUCUGUGCACCGCCGAGUUCUAUUUAUCGCGCGAGUCGUAUGAAUGGUUGUGCGAUCAAGUGCAUGUCUUCAGACCUGCUCAAAGGGAGUAUGGUCGUCUGAAUAUCACAGGCACUGUAUUGUCUAAGCGCAAGAUCGCCAAGCUUGUCCACGAGAAAUACGUCCGUGGCUGGGAUGAUCCCCGUCUCUUCACCCUUGAGGCUAUUCGCAGGCGCGGUGUCCCACCUGGAGCCAUCCUCUCCUUCAUUAAUACGCUGGGUGUCACCACUAGUACUACAAACAUCCAGGUUGUCCGUUUUGAGAGUGCAAUCAGAAAGUACCUCGAAGACACCACUGCACGCUUGAUGUUUGUCUUAGAUCCCAUAGAAGUCAUCGUGGACAACUUGCCAGAGGACUAUGAGGAGCUUGUAUCGAUUCCUUACCGCCCAGGCACGCCAGAGUUCGGAGAGAGGACGGUUCCCUUCAGCAAGCGUUUCUACAUCGAGCGUUCCGAUUUCUCUGAGGACACCUCUGACAAAGAGUUCUUCCGUCUCACGCCUGCUCAAUCGGUAGGUCUCAUCAAGGUGCCAUACACUAUCGCCUUCAAGAGCCUAGAGCGUGAUGCGAACGGAAAGAUCACGCGUAUUCACGCCCACUAUGAGAACGACACACCUGAUGGGAAGCCUCGCAAGCCAAAGACCUACAUCCAGUGGGUUCCUAUUGCACCUCGCCAUGGUUCUCCUAUCCCAGUUGCAGAAACGCGUGUUUACAACCAGCUGUUCACUUCAGAGAACCCAAGCGGAGACCCAGCCGACAUCAACCCUUACAGUGAGGUCAUAUAUCCUUCCGCGGUCGUCGAGCACAACUUCCGUCAUGUCGUCUCUAACUCUCCGUGGGUCGUCGAAAGCGCCAAGCAGUCCGAGUUCUACGUCCCAGAGGAACAUGAUCGCAAAGAGGUCUGCCGUUUCCAGGCUAUGCGCGUAGGCUACUUCACGCUUGACAAGGACAGUACCCAUGACCGCAUCAUCCUCAACCGCAUUGUCAGCCUCAAAGAUGGCUCCAAGUAG